UGCCGGGUUUGGAGUUGGGGAGUGGAGAGCACGCGCGGGGACGAGAAGAGGAAUUGAGUGUGAGAUUUCGGGGGGCGUAUUUUAUUGGUGGUGUUUCCCAAAUCAACACAACCGAACCAGGGAAGGUUUUCUUGUAAAGCACGUUUGAUUAUUCGUCGAGAAACUGCAUUCUGAAGAUUCAUGACCAAUCUAAUUUCUUUCUUCCCGUUGUUGGAGCUCGUUUUUUAGGAGCUCAGCAGUUGAUGGACUGUUACCCCAAGAGCAGUGACAAGAAAACAUUAAAGAGGUGGUUUUUUAUUGAUAAAAGAGUAGGGUGAAGUGGACAUCUGAUAGAAAUUUGUUUGAUCGGUGCUCAAUACUUCUUAAAGUUAUUACAUUGUUACUGGACUGAAAGUGGUCUGAAACCUGGAUUCCAUGGACUUGAAAUCGAAUCAUACUCCUGUUCUCACUGAUUCUGCACCCGUAACAAAGUCUAGGCUGUGUGCGCAUUCCAGUUUGUUGCCUUACUCCCAUUCCGGGGCAACUUUUACGCAUGGAAUGUUAUUGACUAUCCCAAGGAAGAAAACAGGAAUUCUUGAGGAUGUUCGUUCCAGUGGUUGGUUGGAUGCCAUGAAAUCAUCUUCACCUCCAGCCAGGAAGAUAACAAAGGAUUUUAGCCAUGGGUUUGCAUCAUCUGACUCUGACACUGCUGGUGCUUAUUUUAGCUGGCUGCUAAAAUACCCAUCUGCUCUUACAUCUUUUGAUCAAAUCACAAACUAUGCAAAAGGGAAAAGAAUUGCGUUGUUUAUGGAUUAUGAUGGAACUCUUUCCCCAAUUGUGGAUAAUCCUGACUGUGCGUUCAUGUCGGACAAUAUGCGAGCUGCUGUUAAAAAGGUGGCAGAGUAUUUUCCAACAGCAAUAAUUAGUGGAAGAAGUCGUGACAAGGUAUAUCAAUUUGUAGGACUAACAGAACUCUACUACGCUGGUAGUCACGGGAUGGACAUCAUUGGCCCUGUUAGACAAUCUGAAUCUGAUAAUCACCCGAAUUGCAUUAGGUCUACAGACAAGCAGGGUAAGGAAGUAAAUUUAUUCCAACCCGCUGCUGAAUUUGUGCCCAUGAUUAAUGAGGUCCUCAAGUCUCUUGAUGAGUGUACGAAAGACAUUAAAGGUGCUAAAGUAGAGAACAAUAAAUUUUGCGUUUCUGUGCACUACCGGAACGUUGAUGAAAAGUAUUGGGAUGUGGUGGGGCAACGUGUUCAUGAUGUUCUGAAGGGCUAUCCGCGUUUGCGCUUAACUCAUGGCCGGAAGGUUUUAGAGAUCCGACCUGUGAUUAACUGGGAUAAGGGAAAAGCCGUCACCUUUUUACUUGAGUCACUUGGGCUAAACAAUUGUGAUGAUGUGCUUCCUAUAUAUAUUGGAGAUGAUCGGACUGACGAAGAUGCAUUCAAGGUUUUGAGAGAGGGGAAUAAAGGUUAUGGGAUCUUGGUGUCUUCAUCACCAAAAGAAAGCAACGCAGUUUACUCUCUUCGUGAUCCAUCAGAGGUCAUGGAAUUUCUCAAGUCACUUGUGUUGUGGAAGUCAAGCUGCUUAAAAAGUCUUAUAUAGAUUAUAGAGGAGAAUGUAUACACUCUGCUAUACUAUAAUAUAUACAUCAUAAAAAAAGAAGCUUUUUCGAUUUUGGUUUUCUCGGAAACAUUCAAAGAGGUUUCCUGGAGCAGUUUUACGCGCAGAAGACCUCUUAAGGUACCAGCAGCGCUGUCUGUCGUUACUCACUUGUUUUACUCAAACAUUAUGUGCUAGCUGUAAAUUCCUGCCUCGAUUAUAAAUAUCUUCAAGAAUUAAAAGAAUGUGCUCAGUUUUUUCUUUUCUUUUUCUUUUUACCACCUCUCAUUGCAAAAUGUAUUGAUGUAUUUAAUCAUUCGUGCUUCAGUUUUGAUCACUCUAUCUAACCACUAAAAUGGGGGUUACAAAUGCGACAUCAUUCAUUUGUUAAA